CUUCUCCGUGACUCACAUUUACUACUACUUCCCCCCUCAUGGAUCCCUCAAGGAUAAGAGAGAAAAUCGGUCGCUUUCGUAUUCUCGUUAUAGGAAGAGCGAACGCAGGAAAAACCACCAUCCUGCAGAGAGUUUGCAACACACGGGAUAAUCCAGAAAUAUACGACGGCGCCGGGAAAAAGAUUGACCUUACAGUUUUAAUGGCAUCUAGAGAGGUAAGGUGUGCUCCUAGUCGAUGCCAUGAACUGACGUGCUCUCAGCGCGGACUGCACGACAUCGAUAACGAAAUGGUGUUCAAGAGUAACCCGGGAUUCGUCUUCCAUGAUUCACGCGGUUUUGAGGCAGGCGGCGCAUCCGAAUUUGAAAAAGUCAAGGAAUUCAUCGCGAGCCGCUCCAAGGAACAGAAAAUAACAAAUCAACUACAUGCUAUCUGGUACUGCAUUCCCAUGGACGAAGCAAGCAGGUCGUUCACUGCAGGUGAAAAUAAAUUUUUCUCUCAAUGCGACACAGGAAGCAUUCCAGUGAUCGUAUUGUUCACCAAAUUUGAUGCCCUAUACGACGUCGAAUACGCCAAGCUAAAGAAGAAAGGAAGAUCUCGGAAAGACGCCAAGGAACUGGCCCCGAAACGAGCCGAAGAGUCAUUCCCUAACGGGCCACAAUUGAAGUUUCUCAAGGAUGUGCGGUGGCCUCCAAAAUGUUAUGUGUGCCUUCCUAACAUGGAGAAGGAUGAUGCAGAUUGCAAGACACUCAUCGAGCGCACGGCUGGAGCUCUGGAUAAUGAAGUGCUUCAGCAAUUAUUCGUCUCGACCCAGCAAACCAACUUGGAGAUCUGCAUGAAAUAUGCAGUUGAGCGAACACUCUCAAACCAUUUUGACUCUGCAGAGACAACAACAUCUGAGGGUUAUCGGAGAAUGAUGGGGUCACUGGGCACCUGGUUUCCACACAUUCGUGUAAGACUAUCGUAAAGUUCGAACAUUGCUCUCAUUUACGUUGGGCGUUUACUUGCAGGCAGUACGUGCGGUGAGUGUGUCGAUCCUAG